AUGUGCGGCCAUCGGCUCGUCGCGUCCCUGCUAUUCCUAUUUUUGGUCCAGGCUCCCGAUUUUUGUGAUGCGGUCAAAAGUGUGACCUGCUACUUGUGCGCUUCGUACCAGAACCUGAAAAAAUUGCAGACCUAUGAAGCGCUGAACGUGAUCGUGACCGCUACCGGCGUGAAGUACCACGAGAAAUGCAUGAAGAACAGCACCGAAUUGCCGACGUGCGUGGGCGAGGCUUGCAUGACGAUCUACGAUCAAGACUCAGACGAUGGAAGCGGGAUGAUCCGCGUCUGCGGUCUGUACAAACCGUCCAACGCUGGCCCUGUGGUGCCCAUCGGCAAAUGUGUGCGCGAGGAGUUUGGAGGCAAAGCCUUCUACAGCGAGUUCUGCGCGUGCGCCACGGAUCUGUGCAAUUCGCGUCCGGCGCCAGGGUUGAAGGCCGAGCCCGCGAAAUCUGACGGGUCGCCGACCAGCUCGAUGAUGCCGCUGAUCAGCUUCCUGUUGAUGGCCAUCUCCAUCCUCGACCGC